AUGGAAGAUCAUAACUCCACCACCACCACCUCAAGUACUACUGAUGUGAAUAGCAAAAGAUUAGAAGUGUGGUUGCCGGAGGACAACAUUUCCGCCAUGCUAAAAGUGGUCGUGCCUGCUGCAACGGGUGUUUGUACCGUGUGCAUGGAAAGUUUUCAGUCAUCAUGUAAGCAAGCUCCUUGCGGACAUGUGUAUCAUGAUGGUUGUAUUACAAAAUGGCUCUCCUUUUGCAAUUCUUGCCCAAUUUGCCGAAGCAAAGUGCUCGAUCUGCGAUUAGAAAUAGGUUCCGACAAAUCCUCCAACGCUAGGUUGGCUUAA